GUUAACUAUAAUGUUUAUUGUUAGUGUUAAAUGUCAUUUCAAUUCUAAUAUUGUAAUAGGAUUACAUUAUUUUAUUUGAAAAAGAAAUAUAAGAUAAGCUUAUUUGUUCAGUCAUCCUGCGCUUAUAUGGACUACCGAAAAUACAUGUUAAGUUCUCCAUACCACAGAAUCGCCAAAUGGUUAGCGGAAAAAUUGGAACCGGUUAGAAGGCAAGUAUGUAAACAUUCUAUUCAUGAUACUUUUCAAUUUAUUGAUCGUAUUAAGGACGUUAAUGCUUCCGAAAAACACAUGUUCUCGCUUGACGUUAAUUCUUUGUUCACUAGCGUACCUUUAACCGAAACAAUAUGUUAUUUAUGUUUGCCAACUGAAAAUUUGAAAGAAUUAUUGUUACGCUGUACUUUUAAUGUCCAGUUCAGUUUCAAUAAUGAAAUAUAUAGACAAAGGGAUGGGAUCGCAAUGGGGUCUCCAUUGGGUCCAAUUUUAGCAGACUGUUUCAUGGCAAAAGUAGAAAACGACCAACUCCGUUCAAUGAUCAAUCGAUUCCACCUGUACGUGAGAUACAUGGACGACACGUUUGUUGUUUGUGACAAUAAUAUUGAUUUAGAUGAUAUUCUACAUACCUUUAACUCGUGCCACCCUUCCAUAGACUUCACGUUAGAAAGGGAACAAGACCAAUCAAUUCCUUUUCUCGAUGUACGUCUGAUGAGAACGAGUAAUGGUUCUUUAAAAAGAUCCAUCUUUAGAAAACAAACAUGGAAUGGCCAGCUAACCAACUUCUAUAGCUGGGUUCCGUUAAGUAGGAAGAGAAACCUUAUCCAUUCUUUAUGCCAUCGCAUACAUCACAUAUGCAGUACGGAAUGCAUUAACGAAGAACUCGCAUUCCUGAAGAAGACUUUAACGGAAAAUGGUUACCCAGAACGGUUCGUAGAAAAGAAUAUGAAUAAAAGUAGUCGCGAGAAGAAUUCUAGUUGUUCCGUUCCAAAGAAAAACCUUUAUAUAAGUCUGGAAUUUAAAGGUGACCGAACAUCGGACGUAAUCAAAAACCGUCUAACAACAACUAUUAGAAGAACAUUUAACGCGGCAAAACUGCGAAUAUCCUUCACUAGUAGAAACUUAUUUUCUGUAUCCAUAAAAGAUAAGCUCCCGCGUCUGGUCGCCUCCAUGUGCAUCUACCAGUUCACCUGCUCUUGUGGAGCAAGGUACAUUGGCCGUAGCCAGCGCUCGCUUUCAACUCGGAUACGAGAACAUAUCCCAGCCUGGUUCUAUAAGGGUGAAAGGAAAGCAAUUAGGAGUUCUAUUCUUGAACACCUAAUCGACUAUAACCAUUCAACAGAUCCACAAAUUGAUUUUAAGGUUGUUUAUAUGAUUCGUUCAAAUCUACCCAGAUUUCUUCGUAUACAACUUUUAAAAAUAGCCGAAGCUCUUGCCAUCCAGGAGCUUAAACCAGAACUAUGCGUACAAAAGAAGUACAUCUUAUCGUUAUCAUUACCUUGGCCUUAAUUAGUUUGAUUAUCCUAUCAUUAUUAUUAUUAUUAUUAUUAUU